GCUGCAGAAUCUCCUCGUGUUAGGAAAACAGACACACGUGAGGUUGUAAACAAAAGUGUGUGUGUGUGUGUGUGUGUGUGUGUGUGUGUGUGUGUCCAUUGUCCCCGCUCGGUGACAUGACGGCCCGUUACUUCCCCCUGGCCCUGUUCGCCUCCGUCCUGUGUCUGUGUCGGAGCUACACCCUCAGGAGCUCCGUGUCCUGGGUCGUCUCCUCCAGCGAUGUGGUGGAGGACGCCGACCUGUCGGAGGAGGUCGCCCCGGCGCUGCUGGUGGACGGCGCGGGGCUGUGGAAGCAGGCGUACCCGUCCUCCAACGUCCUCGGAGACAGCGAGGAGAGACCCGGAGGAGAGCUGGUGAAGCCGGAGGACGACAAUGUGGCGCAGCUGUCCUCUCGGCUGUUUUCAUAUCGGCUGGAGAAGGUGAAGACCUCCACCAGCAGCAGCACCUCCAGCAGCGGUCCUCCACCUCACCAGGAGACCGCAAGGACGGCCAGAUACAUCGCUCACUACAGUGACUGGGGCCACCUGGCCACCAUCUCCACUCAAGACAAGAUCAAAGGUCUCCCCUUUGGGAACAUCUUCUCGGUGAGUGAUGGACCGCUGGACAACAGCACCGGAGUCAUCUAUUUUUACGUGACUCCGAUGGACAACACUGUGUCAGACCUGACAAAUAACCCGUAUGCGUCUCUCACGUUCUCAGAGGCUGAGGGAGAAUUCUGCAGGCAGAUGGUGUACGAUCCAGAGGAUCCAAGGUGUGCUCGACUCACACUAACAGGCAAGAUGGUGGAGGUUGCCCCGGAGGAGCUUGUGUUUGCAAAGGAAGCAAUGUUCUCAAGACAUCCCGUGAUGGCAAAGUGGCCAGUGGGACACAAGUGGUUCUUCAUGAAGCUGGAGUUGGUCCAGGUCUGGCUGCAGGACUGGAUCGGAGGCGUAUCACUCAUCCCGCUGGAGGACUAUUUCAAAGCUACGCCUUUCUGAGAAGACACUCCUCUUCUCCGCAUCACGCUGACCUCCACAGAAGAAUAUUUAAAAAAUCUUUAAAUCUUUCAAAUACUGUUGCUGUUUUAAUUUGUGAUUAUUUUUUUCUCUCUUUUGCAAACCUCAAACUUGGCUUGUCACAUAAAAUCAGUUUCCUGUGUUUGGUGUGUGAAUGUAUUUAAAGUCAGUAAGCUAAUUAAAUGUACCCGUCAGAAGAUUCUAUAACAUUUAAUAUAUUCUUUUUAAACACUGACAUCUUAUGGGUGUGCAUUAAAAUGUGUGUGCUGUUUGAAAAAAAAUAAAUGAAUGUUGGCACACUGUAUUGUGCUUUUUUUUGUCAUAUAAGUGUCAUGCACCAAAGGUUCCCAACCUUUACAUGGACACUUGUAAUCAAAACAACUAACACCCCGAGCAGGUCAAAUGAUGCAGAACAGAAAUA